AUGCAUUCCAUACGCGACAUUCUAUCCAUGUCCUUACUCCUCACCCUCUUCUCCUCCUUCGUGCAGGCACACCGACUACACCAAAGCCCGCAAAACCAAGAGGAAGAGUCGGGCUUCGCAGGACUCCAAAAGCUGCUGGAUCAAGUCGAUGCGCCAUCCCUACAUGCCGCCCUGCACGAUCUCUCGCCGAAGAAAUUCAAGCACGGCAUGUUCCAGGACGACCGCACGGCAGUGGAAGCCAUACACAAAGAUGAGCCAUCCUUAGCCACCAGCGUUGUGAACAUUGCCAAGCGUAACGUUAUGGAGGACAUCAAGAAGGACUUGGCCAAGCGCGCCCAAGAGAUAAGCAACGGGACCACCACGACCACCACGCCUGCCGCCAGUGUUCCUGAGUCAUCCCAUACAGGCUUGGCUACACCCGUGCCUCAAGGUGGAGGCUUGUCGUCGAGCACAACUUCAAGUCCAAGCACGGAUACAAGCACAACCCUUGCAGGGGCAGGCUCCAGCAUGCCUUCUACCAUCACGUCGACCAGCACUUCAUCCAAUGGAGCAAUUGUUGCUGGCUCAGACUCACACUCAACCACUUCAGCUUCAACCUCUGCAGGCGAAUCGCCUUCCACUACCGCCACCUCCUCAGCCUCCCUCACACAUGGCGAGGUCAUCACGAGUACCAACAGCGUAGGCCUCACCAUCGUCUCCACUGUCGGCGGCGGAGUACACACCAUCUCACCCUCACCCGGAAGCUCAACCCCAUCAAGCAGCAUGACACAAUCUUCCAUAACCAGCACCGUCGUGCACACGAGCACACUUCCUAAUGGCAGUCAAUCUGUCGUCACAGCAGUUACCAUCGUUGGUGCAGGUGCAGCUGCGGCAGAUACGCCCACAGGCACAGCGGGCGUCGCAACCGCAGGAUCAUCUUCUGGAAGCCCUAGACUACAGACUGGAGAAGCGCCUAUGAUGAGGGGAUGGUGCAAGGAGAUGGUGCUGGUGGUUGGAGGUGCAGUGGGAGUUGCGAUGAUGAUGUGA